AUGGAACAAAACACACUGAAGCGGAGAGGCAUCGGUUUGACAGGAGUUGAUAAGAAGCGGUCGUUUGGUGGCUAUACACUCUUCUGUCCGCUCACCAGCGACACGGCACAUCUGGUCGACAUAGAUGGCAAAGAAGUGCAUUCGUGGAAACUGCCAGGGAGGAUCGGGCGUCAUGCCAGACUUUUACCGAAUGGCAACUUGGCUGUCAACACGCUUCGACCAGCGCCAGAGCGCACGACGAACGAUGGGGGCCCAUAUCCCUUUCCUUUCUUCAACAAAUAUGGUGGUGGCAUCAUGAGUGAGCUGGACCCCGAAGGCAAGGUAGUUCGACAAUUCACCGAUCCCCUUGGACAUCACGAUCAAUAUCAUUUUGGCGAUGGGCGCCUUUUGUACACCAGCCUUGAGGCUCUGUCACCUCAAGACUCCGCCAAAGUCAUUGGGGGUGUCCCGGGCAGCGAGAUCGAUGGCAUCACAUAUGCAGACAUGAUCAAUGAGGUGGACGCAGAAGGCAAGCUUGUUUGGCAGUGGAAGGUAUCUGAACGACUACCAAGAGCGGAAUUCCCUCUGCAACCGCAUUACACUCGCGAACACUACCCCCUCAUCAAUUCGGUGAUGCCCCUGCGCGAUGGCAAGCAUAUUUUGGCAUCCAUGCGAUCGGUUUCGGCGAUCGUGAUCAUCGAGAAGUCAACGGGUGAUAUUGUCUGGAAGCUGAAGUCGGAUGUGAUUGCUCAGCAACACAAUGCUACCGAGCUGGAGAAUGGAAAUAUCUUAAUCUUCGACAACGGGGCCUUCCGAACGGGCCAAUCCAUCCAGUACACCCGAGCCAUCGAGGUGGAUCGAGCAACGAAAGAGAUUGUGUGGGAGUAUCAUGACCGCUCGCAGAUGGUAUACUUCUUCACACCCUUCAUGGGUAGCGCACAGAGAUUGGCGAACGGCAAUACCCUGCUGUGUGAAAGCGCUUUUGGGAGGGUCUUCGAAGUCACUCCAGACGGCUAUGUCUGCUGGGAGUAUGUCAACCCGCAUUUUGCGCCAUAUCCGGAUGCACCAACAGCAAAGCUGUUCCCCGGUGACUCUAAUGCCCUGUUCAGGGCUUAUCGAUAUUCGUUGGACGAAAUCCCAUGGCUGAAGAGGAAGUUGUCCGGUGGAGAAGGGGCGGGAGUUUGCAGGCAACAAUGA